AUGUUAAUUUCAAAGAUGGCGGCGGAGGGAGGAGGGAAGGAGAUGAACGAGAUCAAAACUCAGUUCACCACUCGGGAAGGCGUCCACAAGCUCCUCACGCACUCCGAGUACAGCCGGCCGAACCGGGUGCCCUUCAACUCGCAGGGCUCCAACCCGGUCAAGGUCUCCUUCGUCAACGUCAACGACCAGUCGGGCAACGGCGACCGGAUCUGCUUCAAUGUGGGCCGGGAGCUCUACUUCUACAUCUACAAGGGCGUCCGGAAGGCCGCUGACCUGAGCAAGCCCAUCGACAAGCGCAUCUACAAGGGGACGCAGCCCACCUGCCAUGACUUCAACCACCUCACGGCCACGGCAGAGAGCGUGUCCCUGCUGGUGGGCUUCUCAGCGGGACAGGUCCAGCUCAUCGACCCCAUCAAGAAGGAGACGAGCAAGCUCUUCAACGAGGAGAGACUAAUAGACAAGUCCAGAGUAACAUGUGUGAAAUGGGUGCCGGGCUCCGAGAGCCUGUUCCUCGUCUCCCACUCCAGUGGAAAUAUGUACCUGUACAACGUGGAGCAUACCUGUGGCACCACAGCGCCGCACUACCAGCUGCUCAAGCAGGGGGAGAACUACUCUGUGCACACGUGUAAGAGUAAAUCCACGCGGAACCCUCUCCUCAAAUGGACAGUGGGCGAGGGAGCUCUGCACGAGUUUGCCUUCUCUCCGGACGGGAAGUUCCUGGCCUGCGUGAGCCAGGACGGCUUCCUACGGGUCUUCAACUUUGACGCUGUUGAGCUUCACGGCACCAUGAAGAGCUACUUCGGUGGCUUGCUGUGCGUGUGCUGGAGCCCGGACGGAAAGUACAUCGUCGCGGGUGGAGAGGACGACCUGGUGACCGUGUGGUCGUUCUUGGACUGCCGAGUCAUCGCCCGAGGGCACGGGCACAAGUCGUGGGUGAGCGUGGUGGCGUUUGAUCAUUACACCACCAGCGUGGAGGAGAGCGACCCGAUGGAGUUCAGCGGCAGCGAUGAGGACUUCCAGGAUCAGAUGAUCCACUUCGGACGGGACCGGGCCAACAGCACGCAGUCUCGUCUCUCCAAGCGCAACUCCACGGACAGCCGGCCUGUUAGCGUGACGUACCGGUUUGGCUCCGUGGGCCAGGACACUCAGAUGUGCCUAUGGGACCUCACUGAGGAUAUCCUCUUCCCGCAUCUUCCGCUCUCACGGACACGGACACACACUAACGUGAUGAAUGCCACCAGCCCUCCUCCUGCGGGCGCUACAAUAAUCACUAACACCUCUAGUAACGCUACUAAUGGAAACAGCAGUGGUGCCAAUACUCCCGGCAUUAACUCUCUCUCCACCGCAUUACCGCGCUCCAACAGCCUACCCCACCCCAACAGCCUACCCCACCCAGUUGCCACCACCACCACCACCACCACAACGACAACGACGACGGCAAACAAUACCAACAAGGCCGGCAGCGGCGGUGGAAUCGGCAGCGCAAUUUUGGACAGUGCCAUCGCCACGGGCGUGAGCAAGUUCGCCACGCUGUCCCUCCACGAUAGGAAGGAGCGGCACCCGGAGAAGGACCACAAGCGCAACCACAGCAUGGGUCACAUCAGCAGCAAGAGCAGCGACAAGCUCAACCUGCUGACCAAAACCAAAACGGACCCCGCUAAGACUCUGGGCACGCUGCUGUGCCCGCGCAUGGAGGACGUGCCCCUCCUCGAGCCCCUCAUCUGUAAAAAGAUAGCACACGAGAGACUGACUGUACUCAUAUUUUUAGAGGACUGUUUAGUGACUGCUUGUCAGGAGGGAUUUAUUUGCACAUGGGCGAGGCCAGGCAAAGUGGGUUUAUUGUCAUCCCAAAACCAAGCCAGCUCUCCCAGUGGAACAGUAGUAUAGCCACAAUAUUUCUGCUGCUAAAGAACCCUGCAACCCAGAGUCUGAUGCUGCUCUCCACCCUGCAAGCAUUGCAAGUUUUCCUUUUCUUUUAUACCCCUCCUACCUCCCGAUUUUUUUGUUUAUAGCUUUUCUGUUGUUUUUUUUCCGUUUAUCACUCACUUGAGGAUUGAAGGAAGAAAAAAAGUGGUGCAUUUGUGGACUAUGUACUUUUUUUUCUGGAGUUUUAACGCAUUUUAGAUUCUUUUAAAAAAAAUGUAUUUCUUUCACGUCAGAUCUCAUCGGACUGUUGUCCCCUCUGGAAUUCAGGCUUGGCUUUUGCUAGAUGCGAACCAGACAAACUGUGGCUUGAGAGUAAAGGGAUAGUUCAUUUCAUUUUCAUUAUCGGUGUUUAACCUUGUGACGUGGCCCAGUCGUGGCUCAGGGGAGGUCACGGACUCCUGUGGACUUGGAAUGAACUAUCCUUUUAUGACCAAGUGCGUGAGCAUCUGAAAAUUUUGCAUCCAUCCACAUUCACCCUCCACUUCUGUCUGCUCUCGAGUAGAAUCCCCCUUCGAUGACUUUGCACUGAUUUUGUUAGUUAUUCCGUUGUUUGUUUUUAUAACUACUCUAAUGGAACAAAAAAAGAGAGAGGGUUGAGGACUGCCCUGUUACACUCGGCUUUAACAUCCUCAAUCAUGAAAUCUGAAUCUAUCAAGCUUGAUGCUGCAAUCAUAGUCUUUUUAAAGAAAAAAAAUUGUUUGCACUUAAAUUAGUUUAUUAGAAGAGAAAAUGGCUUUACAUUUUUGGGUGUGCUCAGAACUCACUGAUGGCUAAUACAGUAGGUGAUGAAAAUGAUUUAAAAAAAACUAUUAAAACCUUUAUCUAUUUAGCCUUUAUUUUAAUAUUAUUUCAGAUUCAAAUCUGCUCUGUAUCAUAAUGUGUAUAUUGUAAUAAAUUGAUCUGAUGGGGGCCUAAGCAAACUACCAUUACGGCAGUGGAAGUUUUGUCAUUGAUAGUUAUAUUUCUAAAGCCUAAAGUAUACAUUAUUAAUAAUAUUAAAAUAAUCUUGAAUACA